ACUCACACUUCUUAAUUGAACUUCUUAGCAUAUAUUAUAUUAAAGAAAGGGAUCUUGGGGAAGAAGGUUAAACAGGAAAAAAAAUGGCAGACUAGUUCCAAACGAGAAGAGAGUGGACCAGCUAUGACAGUAACAAUGUCUUAUUUCUUACAAAGUACAUCUUUUCUCCUAAGUUUGAAUAAGCUUUCUAUAUAGUUUUCCUUCGGCCACCAAAUUAUAGACAAAGGGAUCAUAACCCAACAAGUAGGAACCAAACUAUAGUUUUUUUUUCUCAUAUAUUUGAAUCGAUCCAGCCUUAUAGGUUGAGUGCAGAUGCAGUGCCUUGCAGUGAAAUCUGCAAGAAUUUGAUGAAGUCAAACAUGUUUAGCACAAUACAGCUAACUAACAACUUUAUAUUAUACACGGUUUCGUAAUUUCAAUCAUUUUUGCACGCCUUUGCAUGUCUCUUCCUCCAAUUUGUUUUAGUCAAAUGAUUCUUCCUCAGAUAUGAUUCAAUAUAUACACAAUUGACCCGGAAGAUAUGGACCAUAUAGCUACAUUAACCAAAAUCAUGUUGCAGAACUUCUAUAUAAGAGUAUCAUUUCAUGGCCAUGAUAACCAACAACCAUUAAUCUUAAAAUUCUUUGCCUUUUGCAAUGGCCACUACAAAUUCUCUCAGUGUGUCUUUUCCUGGCUUCAAACUAAAACUUUGUCUGACUCUGAUUGCAUGUGUAAUUGGGGUUACUUCAGCUCAGUUAUCUGCUAAAUUCUAUGAACAAAGUUGCCCUGGUGCUCUUGCCACCAUAAGGAAAGGAGUGAAACAAGCUGUGCACAAUGAGUUUCGCAUGGGGGCAUCCUUGCUCCGACUCCAUUUCCAUGACUGCUUCGUUCAAGGAUGUGAUGCAUCUGUGUUGUUAGACGACACGGAUACUUUCACUGGGGAGAAGAAUUCAUUUCCAAAUGCUAACUCUCUUAGAGGUUUUGAUGUGAUUGAUAACAUAAAAUCAGAGUUGGAGAACAUGUGCCAAGGUGUUGUCUCUUGUGCAGACAUCUUAGCCGUUGCUGCGAGAGACGCUGUUUUUGAACUUGGUGGACCAAGAUGGGAAGUACCAUUAGGCAGAAGAGAUUCAACCACAGCAAGUUUAGCCGAAUCUAAUUCAGACUUACCAGCUCCUUUUUUCGAUCUCGAUGGCCUCACCAGUGCUUUCGCCAAGAAAAAUUUCACUGUCCAAGAACUAGUUACUUUAUCAGGUGGUCACUCAAUAGGACUGGUGAGGUGUCGUUUUUUCAGAAAGAGGAUUUACAACGAGAGCAACAUCGACCAGACAUUUGCAGAGGAAAAGCAACAAGAGUGUCCCUUCGAAGGUGGUGACGACAACUUAAGUGCUUUCGAUUCGACCACUCCGUUCAAAUUUGACAAUGCGUUCUACAAGAACUUGUUGCAGCAAAAGGGUCUGGUCCACUCCGAUCAACAGCUCUUCAACGGCGUCAAUGGAACUAAUAGCCCCACAAAGGAUCAAGUAGUUAGUUAUGCGAGAAACAUGGCAAAAUUCAAGAAGGAUUUCGCAGCUGCAAUGUUGAAGAUGAGCAUGAUGACCCCACUUACUGGUUCAGACGGUGAGAUCAGGAAAAAGUGCAGCCGAGUGAAUCCUCCUUCAACCUGACCAACUUCAUCUUCAAUUAUAUGUAUUCAAUCAAAUAAAGCCUUCUUCUUUCAACUGUAAUCUAAUGCAAUUUCUUAACUAAAGUAAUCAAUGAAACAUGAAUUUCAAGUAAUCAAUGAAACAUAUAUAUGAAGAUUCAUGAA